CUAAUUUCAUCGAACCUAAAGUCCCGCUGUUUUUCUCCUUGUCUUCCUACUCGCCCAAACAGAGGGAUCACACACUUGAGAUAGAAAUCAGUUCGCGCAAGAGAAGAGAAGAGACUGUUGUUCAAGUUGAGGAGGACACAAAAUGAGAGUGAAGAAGCAGAAGCGUCACAGGAAGAUUGUGCGGUUCUACACAGCUUGUUAUGGGUUCAGACAGCCGUAUAAGGUGCUCUGUGAUGUCACUUUUGUGCAUCACCUUGUCACCCAUCGCAUCACCCCUGCUGACAAGGCCCUUUCUCAUAUCGUUGGUGCCCCUGUCACGCUAUUCACUACCAAAUGUGCUGUUGCUGAGUUGAAGAUGCACGGUUCGAGCCUCGGUCCCUCCCAUUCCGAGUCUCUUGAAGCUGCUAACAGCCUCAUUACUGCAAGGUGUGAUCAUGAGGAAGCCAUGAGUGCUGAUGAUUGCAUCAUGGAUGUUAUUGGCAAAGAUAAUUCCGAGCACUUCUUUGUUGCUACUCAGCAGGCUGAUCUUCGUAAGAGCAUUCUCAAGAUUCCAGGUGUCCCUGUUGUAUACGCUCUGAGAACUGCUCUUUUGCUUGAGGCGCCAUCUGCUGCCCAGCGCCAGUUCGUCAAAACUUCUGAAGAACAACGUUUGCAUAUGACUGACUUGGAAUAUAAGAUGUUGGAAAAGAGGGCAAAGAAUCUGUUGGAAAAGGAUUCCUCUGAUGAAGAUGUUGGUUGUGGAGAUCAGAACUUGGAAGUGCAGGUUCUUGAAAAGAAGCGCACUACUAGGAAAGAAUUGGGUGUGAAAGAUAAAGUUCAGUUUAAGAGAAAGAGGGCGAAGGGUCCAAACCCCCUUUCAUGUAAGCCGAAAAAGACUUUGAAAAGACCAGAUUCAAGGAAGGAAAAGAAUGAUGAAGAUACCAGUAUGAGGAGUAGAAAGAAGCGGAAGAGAUCACGGAAAGGCAAAAACCCUGUGAAGGCAGAUGGUUAAUGACCCUCAGCAGUAUAGGUUUGAAAAAUGGCGCUUCUAGGGUUGAUAACUUAAAUGAGCACCAUUUCAGGGGAAUGGUAUUUGCUUUCACCAUCAGGAUAGUUGAAAUGAAUGGUCUUGGUACUGGAAGUACACUGCUUCUUAUGAUUUCUCAGACUUACUCAUCGUGUACUUUUGCAAUCGCACCAAUUUUGUUUGCAUCCUUGCAUAAGUAUUACAAACUCCAAAUGCAAAUCUUGCACUUUGAUAACAGGCAGGCGGAAGCUAAUUUGAAAUC